AUGGACCCAAACAACGGAUCCAGACACCUCCCCAUGACAGGACAAAACCUCUACUCAACUCCACCACCAGAGCCUCUUAACCCCACCGCACCACCAGCACCACCCGACCAAACCCCGUUCCUCGCCGUCGAAUACCGCCAAGUCACCGACCUCACCGUCCGCACCAUCCUCGACACAAUCUCCCACGAACGCUCCCAGACUCUGACCUCCCUCUCCCUCCCCAUACUCCUCUACUCCACCAACCAAACCGACAGCAUCCCGCGCGUCUGGCUGACCGAAGUCCCCAACUCGUCCAACGAAAACAUCCUCCACGUCCCCGUCGCCACCAUCUCGUCCUCGGACGAAAACGCAGAUACGAGAGACUUGACGGAGUGGCUGUCGAUGGCGCUGGCGGAGACCACCCCCGCGAAGAGCGUGGUCGAUCCGUAUACCUACCUCUGUGGCGCGGAGGACGGCAGGCGGUUAGUCGUCCUGGUGCGGGUUGUCACGGAGGAUGCGCAGGGGGUGUUGGAGGAGGAGAUGCGGGAGGGGUAUUGCGAUGGGGUGUGGAUGGCAAGGGAGGACCUUGAGCGGAAGGAGGUGAAUUAUUUGGGGGAUUAUGAUUUUGUGAAUGAGUUUUUGGAGGAGGAUUUGAGGAGGGAGGUUUUUCGGGGGUUUGAUGAGUUGGGGGUUGUGGAUGAGUAG